AUGGAUGUGAGCAUCAGUCCCACAUGUGCAGCUGAAAUGCAUGCAGAACACGAGUUAAACAAGCUACGAGAAGAGGAGCUUAGCUGCACAAGUAUGGAUACUCUACGAAAGCUCAGCGAAGGUGAGGUACACAAGCUAAGCGAGGAUUGCAGAAGAAAGGUUACGGAGAAACGAAGGAUGAGCACGCAAGGCAACUCCGACGGUCUGCCAAUCAUGCAGGCUUUUCAAAAGGUAUCCUAA